AUGGUCGUUGAUCAAGAGAAGCUCGCUAAGCUGCAGGCUGCUGCCCGUACCGGUGGCAAGGGUGCGCCCCGCCGCAAGAUUGUCAAGAAGCCCAAGGGUGCUGUUGCUGGUGGUGAGGACACCAAGCUCCAGGGUGCCUUGAAGAAACUGGCUGUGCAGCCGAUUACUGGUAUUGAGGAGGUCAACAUGUUCAAGGAGGACGGCAACGUGCUGCACAUUGCCAACCCGAAGGUGCACGGCGCUAUUGAAUCGAACACGCUGGCUGUGUACGGCAAGGCUCAGGACAAGGAACUGACGGAGCUGGUGCCCGGUAUUCUGAGCCAGCUUGGCCCUGAGUCGCUCGCUAGCCUCCGCAAGCUCGCUGAGAGCUACCAGGCUAUCAGCGCUCAGCAGGCUGCUAUGCAGAAGGGCACGGAUGGUGAUGAUGUCCCGGAUGUGGAUGGCAACUUUGACGAGGUCGAGGGCCAGGCUCCUGCGUCGACUGAGGUGGACCAGCUCGACUAA